CAUCACUAGCCAAAAUCUCUCCAAAAUCCACUCAAUUCAAAUCAUCCUCUAGGGUUUCCGACUCACCGAUCGCCGCCUCCAGAAGAAUGAGUUCCAACGCCGCAGCUACCACCAAGGGCGGAAGGGGCAAGCCUAAGGCGUCCAAAUCUGUCUCCCGUUCAUCGAAGGCUGGUCUCCAGUUUCCCGUCGGCAGAAUUGCUCGUUUUCUUAAGGCCGGUAAAUACGCUGAGCGCGUUGGAGCAGGCGCCCCUGUCUAUCUCUCCGCCGUCCUCGAGUACCUCGCCGCCGAGGUAUUGGAACUUGCUGGAAAUGCUGCUAGAGACAACAAGAAGAACAGGAUUGUUCCGCGUCACAUACAGCUGGCAGUGAGGAACGACGAAGAGUUGAGUAAGCUGUUGGGCCAUGUCACAAUAGCUAAUGGUGGUGUUCUGCCAAACAUUCACCAGACUUUGUUGCCAAAGAAGGCUGGCGGAAGGGACAAGGAGAUCGGUUCUGCAUCGCAGGAAUUUUAGGGUUUUGUUGUGAAUUAAAUUGCUGCUGAUGGGCUAAGUUGGAAGGGCCCUAAUUUUGUUCUGGCUGGAAUAUAUAAAUAGACGUUUUAUUAAACAGAUCCUAUUCAUUUCAA